AUGUUUAGUGCAAGGAUCGAACAUCCAUUCUCAGGGAAGAGUGGCACACGCCAUAUCGCGCGCUUGACGACUCAGCUAAGAGACCUUCUGUCCGGAUUGCUGCCUGAGGGUUGUUCUGCUUGUGUUCACUACAAAAUUACUAUGUGCGCUUUUUUCAUUACAAAGUGUGCAUUUUUUGGACUACAAAAGUUUGUAGUCUUCGCUUUUUUCAUUACAAAGGCUCGUAGUUGUUCUGCUUGUGUUCACUACAAAAUUACUAGUUGUUCUGCUUGUGUUCACUACAAAUUACUAUGUUCUGCUUGUGUUCACUACAAAAUUACUAGUUGUUCUGCUUGUGUUCACUACAAAAUUACUAGUUGUUCUGCUUGUGUUCACUACAAAAUUACUAUGUGCGCUUUUUUCAUUACAAAGUGUGCAUUUUUUGGACUACAAAAGUUUGUAGUCUUCGCUUUUUUCAUUACAAAGGCUCGUAGUUGUUCUGCUUGUGUUCACUACAAAAUUACUAGUUGUUCUGCUUGUGUUCACUACAAAUUACUACCUUACUUUGGUUAA